CCCCCCGCCCCGGGGAGCGGCGGGGCAGCGCGAGCCCAACCGUCGCCGACAUGGCGGAGCAGGAGAGCCUGGAGUUCGGCAAAGCCGACUUCGUGCUGAUGGACGCCGUCACCAUGGCCGAGUUCAUGGCUAACCUCCGGCUGCGGUUUGAAAAAGGACGGAUUUAUACAUUUAUUGGGGAGGUGGUCGUUUCCAUGAAUCCUUACAAAAACUUGAACAUCUAUGGGCGUGACAUGAUUGAGCAGUACAAAGGAAGGGAAUUGUACGAGAGGCCUCCUCACCUCUUUGCAAUUGCUGAUGCUGCUUACAAAGCAAUGAAGAGGAGAUCUAAAGACACCUGUAUUGUAAUAUCAGGUGAAAGCGGGGCUGGGAAAACUGAGGCCAGUAAAUAUAUUAUGCAGUACAUAGCAGCCAUUACCAACCCUGGUCAGAGGGCUGAAGUGGAAAGAGUGAAGAACAUACUGCUGAAAUCCAACUGUGUGUUAGAGGCCUUUGGCAAUGCCAAAACAAACCGUAAUGACAAUUCCAGCAGGUUUGGAAAAUACAUGGAUAUCAACUUUGAUUUUAAAGGAGACCCGAUAGGUGGGCAUAUCAAUAAUUACUUAUUAGAAAAGUCUCGUGUGAUUGUGCAACAGCCAGGAGAACGAAGCUUUCAUUCUUUUUACCAGCUCCUCCAGGGGGGUUCUGACCAGAUGUUACGUUCUUUACAUCUUCAGAAGGAUGCAUCUGCAUACAACUAUAUCUGUCCUGGAGCACAGCUAAAGUGUUCCAUCAGUGAUGGUGCAGAGUUCAAAGCAGUAGCUGAUGCCAUGAAAGUGAUAGGCUUCAAGCAAGAGGAGAUUCAGACUGUCUACAAAAUUGUGGCAGCCAUCCUUCACUUGGGCAAUUUGAAGUUUUCUGUGGAUGGUGAUACACCUGUAAUAGAAAAUGGCAAGGUUGUGUCGAUCAUCGCAGACUUGCUGUCAACAAAAUCUGACAUGGUGGAGAAGGCUCUUUUGUUUCGAACUGUAGCUACAGGUCGGGACGUCAUUGACAAGCAACAUACUGAACAAGAAGCCACCUAUGGUAGAGAUGCCUUUGCAAAAGCUAUAUAUGAGCGCCUGUUUUGUUGGAUUGUGACACACAUCAAUGAUGUGAUUGAAGUGAAGAACUAUGACACUACAAUACAUGGGAAAAACACAGUCAUCGGCGUCCUGGAUAUCUAUGGCUUCGAAAUAUUUGACAAUAACAGUUUUGAGCAAUUUUGCAUUAAUUACUGCAAUGAAAAGCUACAGCAACUCUUUAUUCAGCUGGUUCUAAAGCAGGAGCAGGAAGAGUACCAGCGAGAAGGAAUUCCCUGGAAGCAUAUUGAUUACUUUAACAAUCAGGUCAUCGUUGACCUGGUAGAGCAGCAGCACAAAGGGAUCAUUGCCAUUCUGGAUGAUGCCUGCAUGAAUGUUGGAAAAGUUACAGAUGAGAUGUUCCUCGAGGCUCUUAAUAACAAGCUAGGGAAGCAUGCUCAUUUCUCCAGCAGAAAGCUUUGUGCAACUGACAAAACGCUGGAGUUUGACAGAGACUUUCGCAUCAAGCACUAUGCCGGAGAUGUGAUUUACUCAGUCACUGGAUUUAUUGACAAAAACAAGGACACUUUAUUUCAAGACUUCAAGCGCCUCAUGUACAACAGCUCUAACCCUGUGUUGAAGAUGAUGUGGCCUGAAGGUAAACUGAGCAUCACUGAGGUAACCAAGAGACCUCUGACAGCUGCUACUCUUUUUAAGAACUCCAUGAUUGCACUAGUGGACAACCUGGCAUCGAAGGAGCCCUAUUAUGUCCGUUGCAUUAAGCCCAAUGAUAAGAAGUCACCACAGCUUUUUGACGAGGAGCGUUGCAGGCAUCAGGUUGAAUACCUUGGCCUUUUGGAGAACGUGAGAGUCCGCCGAGCAGGCUUUGCCUACCGCCAGACGUACGAGAAGUUUCUUCACAGGUAUAAGAUGAUCUCAGAAUUCACUUGGCCAAACCACGACCUCCCUUCAGACAAAGAUGCUGUGAGGAAGCUCAUAGAGUGUCAUGGAUUUCAGCACGAUGUUGCUUAUGGCAAGACCAAGAUUUUCAUCCGCACUCCUCGAACUCUGUUCACCUUGGAGGAACUGCAUGCCAAGAUGCUUGUGAGGAUUGUCCUCUUCCUACAGAAGGUUUGGAGAGGCACUUUGGCUCGCCUUCGCUAUAAGAGGACAAAGGCCGCCCUCACGAUAAUCAAGUAUUACCGCCGCUACAAAGUGAAGGCCUACAUCCACGAGGUUGCCCGGCGCUUUCACAAUGUGAGGCUAAUGAAGGAUUAUGGCAAACACGUGCAGUGGCCCACUCCACCAAAAGUGCUGCGUCGAUUUGAAGAGUCACUCCAGAACAUUUACCAUAGGUGGAGAGCAGGUGAGCUCAUCCGGAGCGUCCCACCAGAAGUCCUACCUCAGCUGAGGGCCAAGGUUGCUGCCAUGGAAGUGCUGAAGGGUCACAGAGCUGAUAUUGGCCUACAAAGAGCAUGGGAGGGCAAUUACAUCGCACUGAAACCAGAUAACCCCCAGACCACGGGCUCUUUCAUCCCUGUUGCCAAUGAGCUGAAACGGAAGGACAAGUACAUGAACGUUCUCUUCUCCUGUCACGUCCGCAAGGUCAAUCGCUUUAAUAAGGUGGAGGACAGAGCAAUCUUCAUUACUGAUCGACACCUUUAUAAGAUGGACCCUAUGAAGCAGUACAAAGUGAUGAAGACCAUCCCCCUCUAUAAUUUGAUAGGAUUGAGUGUCUCCAAUGGAAAGGACCAGCUCGUGGUCUUCCACACGAAAGACAACAGGGAUCUCAUUGUCUGUCUCUUCAGUAAAGAGCCCUCCAAUGACAGCAGGAUUGGAGAGCUGGUGGGAGUCCUGGCAAGCCACUUCAAGAGUGAGAAACGCGCUCUGCACGUCAGCGUCACCAACCCGGUCCAGUGCAGCCUGCACGGGCGGAAAUGCACCGUCUCCGUGGAAACCAAGAUUAACCAAUCCCAACCGGAUUUCACCAAGCAUCGUUCCGGUUUCAUCCUCUGCGUCCCGGGGAAUUAGCAUCCCCCCUCUGCUUGGCACAGCGAGCCCGGAGAGCGAGGGAGCGGAGGGAAGAUGGACUGGGGCUUUGAUCGCCCUCCCCGAGCCUUGGACUGUUCGAGGGGAUUAAUUUAGAGAUGCUCAGCUGUGACUUGGUCAUGUGCCUAAUAAGAUCUCUAAAGCCAGAGGUUUAGCAAACCCAAAUUCAGGAGAGGGUUUCACUACCACAUGCAAUGAAGGCUUAAAAUAGCCAGUGACCUGUAUCCAUCUUACAAAACAGGCCAGAAUAUCAGGAAAGUGCUUCUGAAUUAGUCCAAAAAAAAGCAUUUAUAGGUACUUACACCCUUUCCCACAUUGAUUUCUUAAACCCCCUCCACUAUUCCCUCCUGUGUUUCUUUUUUGUGUGUCAUUUUUUGCAAUAUUACGCAGCCUCCACCGGAGGAACCAAAGAUACCCGGCUCAGGGAGUCUGGUUCUGCAAGCCCAAAGCCCGAUGGAACCGGAGCCCGGUUUGGAAAGGCGGGCUGGCUGCCCGCGCCGGGGAGACGCGCUGCGCUCUGCCAGCCCUGCGGACACGCACGGAGCUGGGGUGGUACCCGGACACGCACCUCGACUUGCUGCUGCCCUGCCUGGAGUUCAUUAACCCGUCAAGGCACCUUGGUUGGAGGCAGCUCCACCAGCAGAAAGGAGAGCGGGUUUCACAGUGCAGAGGUUUAAAUUUUUUUUUUUUUAACCCUGCAUUGCUUUUGCCUUAAUUACCCUCUCCGGUGACCUAAAAUCCAGUGGGUUCCCAUUUGGACCAAGUGGCCUUGCUGAAUUUUUUCGAUGAUCCACGUGGUUUCGUGUUAGCCCCAGCGCUGAGGUUCCGGGAGGGCUAAAAGGACCCGCUGCCAGUGGGUUCAUCUAGAAACACGUGGAGCUUGGGGGCCGGGGCUGCGGCUCCCUCGCUUUGCACUAUUUAACAUUAACCCCCGGGCACGUCCGUCCGCGCCAGGCGAGGGGCAGCAGCACGGACCCGACUGCAGACAUCCAGGCUGGCGUCUCCAAAGAGUUUUCCUGGGCCUUCCCGGCUGCAGGUGUGGGAUGUUGGGGGUGCUGUGCCCCACUUUGGCUUGUCUGGUGGCAGCACGUGUCCCCGCUGCGCGGCGCCUGCGGCUGCCCGGCUCAGAUAACCUUGAGCUGGGUGUUUACGGGAGAGCCAGCUGUACUAACGAGCUUUUUAUUUCCGCUGCCUAGCGGGCUGCUGCUGGGGGGGGCGUUGAGCGGAGGCGGCGUGAGGGGGCCGUUGGGUUGUAUGUCCCCAGUCCUGGCACUGCGGGUCAGGUCAGGAUUCCCAGCCCGUUGGACGGGGGGGGGGGGGGGCUGCGUGGGGACCCCACUGUGGGGACGCGCGUCUCCAGCCAGGCGGGCAAACCGGCAGCACGUGUUUCAUUGAGCAUUUUAGGGGUCGGAAAGCCUGGAAGAGGCUCUUCACCUAACGACCUGUUAAUGAAAACCUUCCCACAGCCGUGCCACGGCCACGGGGAGUGGGGACGGGGCGCUGCAGCGUUGCUGCCCGAGCACCGCCACCGAGCCCCGCGGUUAAGGGGUGCCACGGGGAUGGGGAGCCCUCGCUCUGCAUUUAAGCUUAAUCCCCCCCGUGCUCUGUGGCGGGGAGGCCGCGCGUCCAGGUGGUCCCUGGCCCCCGCCAGCACCCCCGCGCCGCACCCCGGCCGCUGGCGCUUGGUCCCGGUGAGCGGCGCGGGGAUCCCGGCGCCCGAGGGAGGGCUCCGCGCGUCACUCGAGGAGAAGCUCUCCCAGGUGCGGGCGAACCCCUCAGCCACCCCCCUCUGGGACCACGGGGAGCCCAACCUCGCCCAGCACACGCGGUUGGGGCGAUGCCGGGGCCACGGGACCCCCCCCCCCCGGCGCCUCUUCGCCGCGGCCCCGGGGAGCGCCAGGACAGACAACCCUCGGCCUGGCCGCGCCGUUCGCACCUCCCGCUUCUGGUACCCGCCGGUCCACCCGUGCCCCCAGCAGCACUAACCCGCAGGCAAGGUAGCGGCAGGAGUUUUAAUCAGCACUUUUAUACACUAUCCCUCCAACGAAAUGGUUGUAUUGAAUCAUGAUGAAUGGCAAUAAAUCGCAGGCUUAGGAAAUUUCUAAUACUAUGAGAUGGCAAUAUUGUAUGUGAUGAAAUGUGUCUUUAUAAAAUAUAUCUGUUCCUGCUCUGGUUUUAUAUAUAUAUAAAAAAAAUAUAAAAUAUAUAUAUAUAUAUUCCUGUUUUUUCCUAUAAAUUAACUAUUGAAUUCAAUUUUCAGCCUGGGGCAAUAAUGCAAUGAACCCUUUUUUUUUUUUUUUUUUAAUCGCUGAUAUUUUAAUGUGUAAAAGCAAAAAAAAAAAAAAAAAAAAAACCUACUAUAAUGGACCUGGGGUUUUGUUUACAUAUUUCACUGUAAUAAAUAAAUAAAUAAAUAAAAAAGCAAACCAACAGUUAGUUGCAUCCCACUGUGGCGCUGCCAGUUUCUGACCGGCGCGGUGGCUCGGGGAAGGUGAUGCCAGGAUGGAGAGUGCGAGUUUUGGCGUCGCAAUAACCCCGUUUGUCACCUGGAGGCUCCUCCUCAGCCGGGGGGUGACCCCGGCGCCCGGAACGCUGCGUUAAACCCUCGGUCGUCAAAUCCAAUUCCCCAGCGCCACGAAGGGGCGUCGUGGGUGCGGGACUGCAGAAAAGACUCCGCCACGAACCGCUGCCGUGUAAUGGAUGGUCAGUGCAUUUUUAUUUAAUCGGCACAGUACAAAAAUAAAUAAAAAUAAGGGGAGGGGAUUAAAUUACAGGCACACUGAGCCCCAUGACACAGUCGGUCAGGUUAUAAACCACACAUACUUACAAACACACUAUACACAUACAUACAAAAUGAGACAAAUAUAAAUUAAUAAGUAACAAUACCCACCAAUUUGGUCAACAAAGAUCUACAGAAGAGAUUGCACUAAAAAAACGUAUGUACACAUGUAUCAUUAGCAGGGUCCAAUGUACAGCGAUGAAGAGCUUCAAGUGAAAAAUAGAAAAUAAAAAUAAAUGGCACGUUAUUUCUCCCUCUCGUCUGCGAGUUUAACACCCGAUGGACCAGAACUAAACUAGAACUGUGCACACGGAGAAAAAAAAAAUAAAAACCAAAAAAACUUAUCAGUCCCCAGGCCUGACAAGGGAAUACCAGCUCAAGACUGCGGUACCGGGGUGGUGUCGGGUCUUUGUGCAUGGGUGUAAUUUUUACAGCCAUCUCUUGUUAAGGUUUUUCUUUUGAUUAUUAUUUUUAUGUGUUUUUUUUCCUUUUUUUUUUUUUUU